AUUAACAAAUUGGGUUAUGUCAUAUAUUCCUAAUCCUAUUAAAGAAAUAGCUACUACGCAAAUUAAUACAUUAAAAUCUACAGUUUCUAAUUUGUAUGAAAAAGUAGGAUUUAAAAGUGAACAAGUUAGAAAACCUAUAGAAUCUAAAAAAGAAAAGAAGAGAGACAAGAAGAGAGAAAAGAAACCAAUAGAGUUUAAAUUAACACAAUCAGCUGUUUGAAAUGUGACAAGACAAUUUUCAGCUCAAGGUGUUGAAGGAUAUGAUGCUUUGUCCUUUAUGAAAAAAGCUAAAAAUAAUGUAGGGGAGGUAGGGGAGCAUUGGGCAGUUGGGAGGUUUGGGCAUCCCCUCAUUUCUCACCAUCUUUUCUAGAUAUUUUUUGUUUUUUACCAUAGCAUUAUAGUUUUAUAAUUGGCAACACUUUUCAUCAAAAGUGUCAGCUGUCGUUUCACUUGGUUGUCAAGUUACAUGCGCUUAACAGUUUGUUGCGUUCAAAAGUAAAUAUUUUGUUUAUGAUUUGAAGAAAGAUAACAAAGAAAUCUGCAAGAAAUUGACAAUGCCGUUUUUAUUUAAAAAGAAAAAUAAACGACGUGAAAUCCCUAAAGAUGUAAUUUUGCGUGCAUUGGAAGAGGUUUCUAAAGGAGGAAAAAAUAAAACUACUGCGAUUAAAUAUGAUAUACCCAGGUCUAACCUUCAAAGAUACAUAAAACAGGGUGGCGCUGUGAAAGAUACUUCUUGUAAAUAUAUAUCAUCCCAAAUAUUCACAAAAGAUGAAGAAGAAAAAAUUUCAGAAUAUUUUGUAACAUUGUUUAAACUUAACCAUGGAAUGUCAAAACUGAAAGCACGCGAAUUAGAAUACGAAUAUGCCACUGCCAUUAAUAAAAAAAUACCAGACAACUGGAUAGAGAAGAAACUUGCAUCGAAAGAUUGGCUAAGGGGAUUUUUUAAAAGACAACCUCAGCUUUCGAUAAGGACCCCAGAAGCUACUAGUCUCUCACGUGCCACAAGUUUCAAUAAGAAAAAUGUUAGAGGUUUUUUUGAAAAUCUUAGCACUGUAUAUGAACGACACCGUUUUGGCCCUGAGUCUAUUUACAAUAUAGAUGAAACUGGAUUAUCAACAGUACAACGAACCCAGAAAGUGAUUGCUCUCAGAGGCACUAAGCAAGUUGGGCAAGUAACGUCAGCUGAAAGAGGGACACUUGUAACUGUUUGCUGCGGCAUUAAUGCAUUGGGUAACUCAAUACCACCCUUUUUCAUAUUCCCACGAGUUAUUUUCAAAACAUAUAUGUUAAAUGAUGCACCUGUUGGUUCAGAUGGAGCAGCACAUCCUUCAGGGUGGAUGACAGCAUCAAGUUUUUUAAAAUAUAUACACCAUUUUAAAAAAUACGCAAAACCAACGCCUUCAUCACCAGUUCUAUUGCUGCUGGACAAUCACGAGAGCCAUAUUUCUGUACCAGUUCUCGAUUUUUGUAUAGAAUCAGGCAUUGUUUUAAUAACUUUCCCACCGCACUGCAGCCAUAAACUGCAACCCCUAGACCUGACUGUCUAUGGACCACUCAAAACUUAUUAUAACACUGCUGUAACAGAUUGGAUGGUGAGCAAUCCUGGCAAAACGAUAACAAUUUAUGAAAUCCCAAAAUUAGCAGAAAAGGCCAUCCCACUUGCAUUCAAGUUGCAAAAUAUUCAAACGGGAUUUGAAAAAUCUGGCAUUUGGCCAUUCAAUUCAAACAUUUUCUCUGAUGAAGAUUUCGUUUGUUCUUCUAUAACUGAUCGCUACUUGCCGGGAGAGAAUAAUGUUGCUACAGAAAAAUCGAUUUCAGACCAACCUAUCAUGGAACAGCCUUCAACAGAAGAAAAUCUGAGACUAGAAGAUCGUACUAGUUCAAAUGUGGAAGUCACUGGGCCAUCUCAACUUGAAUCUCUAUCUAAAAGCCAGACUAGUGGCACUGUCAAUGUAACACCUGAUUUAGUAAGACCAUAUCCGAAAGCCGGCCCCAGGAAAUUGGGUGGCAUGAAACGGAAGAAAGGAAAAAUUAGAAUAUUGACAGACACACCCGAGAAAAGACUUAUAGAAAUUGAAGAAAAAAAAAAAAAAGAAAAAAUAAGAUCAAAGAGCUCAAAAAAAAUCGAAAAUGCUCUAAAAAUGAGAAAAACAGGAAGAUUAGUAGUGACUAAGAUUAGUAUGAUGAAAUAAAAAAUGUUUCCGAUUCUGACGAAGCCUUUGUUGAAAUCGAUUCAUCAAAAGAAGAUUUUGAUGUAGACGAUGUGAUUGUUCUGGAUAGAAAUUUCCAGGUUAAUAACUUUGUGUUGGUUAAAUUUGACACCAAAAAAACUGUUUAUCAUUAUGUUGGAAUUGUCGAAGAGGUUAAUCACUCCAUGGCAACUGUCAAAUUCAUGAGAGCGAGUAAGAUAAGAAAUACGUUUAUGUUUCCUGACAUCGAGGACGUAGCCAGUGUCCCCCUGGAGGAUAUAAAGACAAAAUUGCCUACACCAUCAACAUGGAUAAAACGUGGCAGCUUAAAAUAUAAAUUUGACAAGCCUCUUUGGGUCAUACCAAAUAUAAGAUAAGUCUUAUUAGGUCCAACAUUGUGGAGUAUUGAUUCCAAGUAACAUUGUUUAAUCUUUUGUAAAGUCUAUAAUAUGAAAAAAUGUUUGUGUUACAAUUUUUUAUAGCAAUGCUAUAUAACACUUAAGCAUAUGAGUAUAGUAAAACAAUAUCGUUCAUAUUAAAUACAGUGCCCAAACCUCCCCAUAGGGGUGCCCAAACCUCCCAACCACGGGGAGGUUUGGGCACUUUGGACACGUGUUAGAAAACCUUUUGUAACUUUGCAACUAAUUAUAAUA